CUCGUGUGCGGAACUUUGUCUCCGGAACCUUUCUUCUCUUUCCUGUGGCGGAGGACGGAUCCGGUUCUGUGUUACACCGAAGUGUUUCCGCAGUCAUAACAGGUUUCGUAAGUGAAAGACAGAGGAGCUUCUCUCUGAAGGUGAAUUCUGACCUGCAGGUGCAGCCAUGUUGCUGCCUCUCCUGCUGCGUCCGUCCCUCAGUCGUCCUCACGCGUCCUUGCUGUUCACGGGAUGCGCUCGGUCGCUUCACUGCUGCACUCGGAGGAGGCCGAAGCCUGAGCUCCUCCUCCAGCGUUCGCUUCCUCCACGUCCCCAAACCCAGAGCCGAGGCAGGAGGUCCCGGAGCCACCAGGAGGAGUGGAAGACCCAGAACAAGACGGUGCUGACGUACAUCGCUGCAGCCGGGGUGGGAAUGAUCGGCCUGGCGUACGCCUCCGUGCCCCUGUACCGGCUCUACUGCCAGGCGUCGGGGCUCGGAGGGACGGCCGUGGCCGGACACGACGCAGAUCAGGUGGAGACGAUGCAGCCGGUGAAGGAACGCGUCAUCAAGGUGACGUUCAACGCAGACACGCACGCCAGCAUCCAGUGGAACUUCAGACCUCAGCAGACUGAGAUCAUGGUGGUUCCAGGUGAGACGGCGCUGGCUUUCUACAGAGCCAAGAACCCCACAGACAAACCCAUCAUCGGCAUCUCCACCUACAACGUGGUUCCCUUCGACGCGGGACAGUACUUCAACAAGAUCCAGUGUUUCUGCUUCGAGGAGCAGCGUCUGAACCCUCACGAGGAGGUGGACAUGCCCGUCUUCUUCUACAUCGACCCAGAGUUUGCCGAGGACCCCAGGAUGGCCCGGGUGGACACCAUCACGCUGUCCUACACCUUCUUCGAGGCCAAGGACGGUCAGAGACUCCCGGUCCCCGGAUACAGCUACAGCUGAUGUCUCCGUGGGACAAGAAGGAGAAACAAGACAUUUUCCCUCCUGCCAGUGAGUGCAGACGUUUUAAAAGGACGCUCAACAUUUGCGUCCUAUGUGUGGAAUUAAAACUCUGAGAGGAAAAUCUAUGUUUUAACCACACAGAGCUUCAUUAAUCACCAGAAAACAUCUGGUGGAACCAUCCGAGCGCAGGAAAAACCAGACGGUGGAACUUCAGCCUGAACUGUUUCCUCAGAGACGUUGAGUUUAAAAGAUUAUUUAAGAAAACGAAUCAGUAAAUUAUGACUGAAAGUAAAAAGUCAAACGGCUGCAGAGUUUCUCCAGGUUUUAUUGUUGAAUCUUGAGCCGGUUUCUGAUUUUUACCAUCAAAUAAAAUCCACAAUUACACGUAAAAGAAAAAUGAGAUGAAAGUGUGAAGUGAUAAAACAGAAUGUUCUUUCCUUCUUCUUCUUCUGUGGUUAUUUUGUGUUUAAUGUUCCUCUGAUAAACCUGAAAAAACAGGAAAAUAAUAAAAACAACAAAGUUCAGGUCUGAACAAACUACAGUGAA